AUGUCUGGAUUACGCUUCUUGGACCUUGUGAAACCCUUCACGCCUCUCAUCCCUGAAGUAGCGGUCCCCGAGACGAAGGUGCCCUUCCAGCAAAGGAUAAUAUGGACAAGUGUGACGUUGGUCAUUUUCUUGGUGAUGAGCCAGAUGCCAUUAUACGGCAUUGUGUCAUCUGAUAAUGCGGAUCCGCUAUACUGGCUGCGUAUGAUGAUGGCGAGUAACAGAGGUACCCUCAUGGAACUCGGCAUCACACCCAUCAUCUCCUCCGGCAUGGUCUUCCAGCUCUUGGCCGGCACCCAUCUCAUCGACGUCAACCUCGACCUCAAGUCUGAUCGCGAACUCUACCAGACCGCACAAAAGCUCCUCGCCAUCGUCAUCUCCUUCGGCCAAGCCUGUACCUUUGUCCUGACUGGUCUCUACGGCCCACCAGCUGAUCUCGGUGCCGGUAUCUGCGUUCUGCUCAUCGUGCAGCUGCUUACUGCCGCUAUUGUGGUCGUCCUCCUCGAUGAGCUGCUCCAGAAGGGCUACGGUCUUGGCAGCGGUAUCUCGCUCUUCAUUGCGACCAACAUCUGCGAGUCCAUCGUCUGGCGUGCUUUCUCUCCCACCACUGUCAACACUGGCCGUGGUCCGGAAUUUGAGGGCGCCAUCAUUGCGCUCGUCCACUUGCUCAUCACUUGGCCAAACAAGCAGCUGGCUCUGCGUGAGGCUUUCUACAGGCAGAACCUCCCCAAUGUCAUGAACCUGAUCUCCACCAUCAUUGUCUUCUCUGCCGUCAUCUACUUGCAGGGCUUCCGCGUCGAAAUCCCAGUCAAGUCCUCCCGCCAGCGUGGUAUGCGCGGCUCGUACCCCGUCCGCCUCUUCUACACCAGCAACAUGCCCAUCAUGCUUCAAUCCGCCCUCUCCUCCAACGUCUUCCUCCUCAGCCAAGCCCUCUACAACAAGCUCCCCGAGAACCUCCUCGUCCGCAUGAUCGGUGUCUGGGAAGCGCGCGAAGGCACCAGCCAAGUCAUGCCCGCGUCCGGUCUGGUCUACUACAUGUCGCCUCCCCUCAACAUCACCGACGCCAUCAUGGAUCCGCUUCACACCGCCAUCUUCGCUGCUUAUAUGCUUACUGCUUGUGCGGCUUUCAGCAAGACUUGGAUUGAGGUUUCUGGGUCUAGCCCAAGGGAUGUGGCUAAGCAACUCAAGGAUCAGGGUCUGGUCAUGGCUGGUCAUCGUGAUGAGUCCAUGUACCGUGAACUCAAGCGUGUCAUUCCUACCGCUGCUGCUUUCGGUGGCGCGUGCAUUGGUGCUCUGUCGAUUACUUCGGAUCUCAUGGGCGCUUUGGGCAGUGGUACUGGUAUUCUCAUGGCCGUCACGAUCAUCUACAGUUACUUUGAGAUUGCGGCCAAGGAGGGCGACAUUUCUGGUCUCAAGGGCAUGGUUAUGGGCUAA